AUGAGUUCACCGCACGAGGAAAACUAUCUGUACGAGGCUGAGUCGAGUGUCAUUGGUUCAAUCAUGAAAGACAAGGACCUUAUGGAGGACUGCCCGUUAACACCGGAAAGCUUUUCUCCUGAAUGGAAAAACGGCGUUAUCUUCUCGGUGCUGAAAUUUGCUCAUGAAGAAUUUAAAGGCGAGGAAAACCCUUUUGACCUGGUGUUAAUGGCAAAGCACUGGGGAACUGAAUUGCAGGAGAUCGGAGGCAUACCCAAACUUUACUCCAUCAUGAGGUCCGUCCCUACGUCUGGUAUGUACAAACAUUAUGCCCAAGUGGUCAACGAGGCACAUGUCGAGAGGGAGAUUCAGAAAGUUGCUUUUAAGAUGGCAGCAGGCAAGAUGACGAUUGAUCAAGUUAAACAGAAAACAGUCGAGCUUGAGGAACUGCGGGACAGAACAACUACUGACAUGAGCAGUGUCAAGAUGGGUGACAUGAUCAAGCAACAUGUAAAACUAUUGAGAAAAAGAAGAGAUGCUAAAGGCGGUAUCACCGGAUUUAAGAGUUUCAGUCCCAACAUGAACAAUCUGACGAAGGGGUAUCAGCGUGGUGAUUUGAUCAUCGUAGGGGCUAGACCAUCAAUGGGAAAAACAGCUUGGUUAUGUAACGAGGCUUUGGCGAUAAGCGAAGACGGCACGGCGGUCCUAAUCAUUUCCGGGGAAGAUGGAGCCAUGAACCUCUUGGAGCGUACCAUCGCUUCUGCUGGCAGGGUUAAGCUAUCACACAUGAAAUCAGGACAGAUGACGGAACCGGAUUGGGAAAGGUACACCAUGGGCGGGAAGAUUGUUGCAGGCAGAAACAUUUUCAUUGAUGACACGCCAUCUCCAACAAUUGAAUCCGUCAAACGAAAAUCAUUCAAGAUGGUUAAGGAAUUUCCGCUUAUGGCGUUGCUGGUCGACUACUUGCAACACCUGAAAUCCGAAAAGUCGUUUGGGAGUGAACGGGAGUUAUACAAGUAUAUCAGUUACGAGAUGAAACAAAUUGCUCGUAGGUUGGACAUCCCGGUUAUCUCGCUCGCAGCAGUAAAGCGUGAUGUCGACACUAGGCAGGACAAACGACCUCUAAUGAGUGACGUUAGGGAUUGCGGUAACAUCGAGUCUGACGCAGAUUUACUUGCUUUCCUGUGCAGGGACGACUAUUACAACGCUGAUAGUUCCCGCAAGGGGCUAAUGGAUAUCAUCAUUGCAAAAGGCCGUAAUGUGGGCACAGGGACUGUUACAGUGGUGUUCGACAAGCAAUAUCAAUCUUUGCUGGACAUGACUGAAGAGGAACGGAAGAAACGUAGGGACAAAGGGUUGUCGGGAUCA